UUGCGUCUUCCUACUCCACUGCAUGGUCGUGUUCCGUUGGACCAGCCUCGGAUGGGCUUCGUGUUGCAGUUAUUUUGACACGAAGGACCUGCGAGUCUCUCUCUCUCUUCCGCCGCUGUUUUUUUUUUUGUUUUGUUUUUUUACAUUACUCCGCUGGACAUACUUCAGCGCGCCUUAGAAUGUGAUGAAAUGGACCGUUGAAGUUCGUCGUUUUUGAAAAUUCUCCUUCCCGCUGUUUAUAUUUGCGGGGGGAAACACGGGCAUGGGAAUACAGUUGCGGUCGAGGGAGUGAAAGUAGGGGACUAAGUGACCGUACAGACAUUCUACGCUCCGUUUCAGACAGAGAAACGGGUGAUGUUUAGAGUGUCGGAUAGCUCCUGACAGAUCGAAGGAGGGGUUUUGAUCAUGGAUGGAAUUCAAGAUGGAAAACGAAGAAAUGGGGCUUAGUUCUCGUGGGUGAAGUGAAGAAGGGGGUUUAUCGUUGAUGGGUUUUUUUUUGUUGUUGUUUUGUUUUUUUGAAACAAAUGAUGGCGCGUGGUGCGGGUCGACAAAGUGAGAUCACAGAGGCAUCGGUCCAAGGAAGCAGUUGUCCUUCAGAAGGGAACUGCCCCAAAGCAUGACCGUCUGUCACAGGGGACGGUCAGAGAAACUCAUUCCUGCAACUCCCAAGAACAGUUUGUCAUCCCCCUCAAAGGUCCACCUGGGGCCCUGAACACACCCAUCUGCCAGCUCGGAUAACCCUCAGGCUGUUUGCAACACAUGUUUGAUGUGAUUGGUUGUGACUGCCGCGCUUUGCUAAACAGCCCCGCUCUACAUCAUGCAGUUGCGUCGGCGACACUGCUGCCCCAUCAAGAUGACCUGGAAUGUUAAGCGGUCACUCUUCCGCACACAUGUAGCAGGCCUUCUUUCGCUGGCCUCACUCUUUGCCCUGUUCCUCAUCUAUUGCCACCAGGAUUUGCUCCAGGGCCGGAGUUGGCUGCGAGACAACCCCUUGGUUUACACCAUGCGGGGUUUGCGCCCCCCCAAGGAGCGUGCAAAGGGAAACCAAAGCUCAUUGCGAAGCCUCUGGAAAGAUGAUGCUUAUGUGCUCCCCAAACCAUCUGUUAACUUCAAUUUUAGUUCUCACCAGGCUGAGAUCACUGCCCAGGGGAUCGUGGGAUUGGAGAUCGCAGCGAGCACCAACGAAAGCGGCAACACCAAGAGCUUGCACAGGGAAAUGGGAGUGGGAGGACGUCUCGCAGCUCAGCCUUAUCAGUGGCUACUCAACGAGCCCUAUAAGUGUAACAACAGCAGUCCCUUCCUGGUUUUGCUUAUAGUUGCAGAGCCAAGUCAGAUGGAGGCCAGGAAUGCCAUUAGGCAGACCUGGGGGAAUGAGAGCAUAGCCAUGGGUUACGGGUUUGUGCGCCUCUUCCUGCUGGGCUUGAGACCUGAUGUGUAUCUGCAGAGGUCCAUUGAGGAGGAGAGCUUGCAGUACCAUGACAUCAUCCAGCAAGACUUCAUAGACACUUAUUACAACCUUACCAUAAAAACGCUAAUGGGCAUGAGCUGGGUGGCUCAGUAUUGCUCGUUCGCCCGUUAUGUAAUGAAAACCGACAGUGACAUGUUUGUCAACACAGAAUAUCUCAUCCAAAAGCUGUUAAAGCCAAACACAGCGCCUCGACAAAAUUACUUUACUGGCUACCUAAUGAGAGGCUACGCCCCCAACCGCAACAAAGACAGUAAAUGGUACAUGCCGCCAGAGCUGUAUUCCAGUGAGAGGUACCCAAUCUUUUGCUCUGGAACAGGCUAUGUGUUCUCGGGAGACAUGGCAGAGAAAAUCUACAAUGCCUCGUUAAGUAUCCGUCGCCUUCACCUCGAGGAUGUAUAUGUGGGUAUCUGCCUGGCAAAACUGCGAAUUGACCCAGUGCCACCACCAAAUGAGUUUCUCUUUAACCACUGGAGAGUGUCCUACUCCAGCUGCAAAUACAGUCACCUGAUCACCUCCCACCAGUUCCAGCCCAAUGAACUUACAAAAUACUGGAAUCACUUGCAAAGCAACAAGCACGGUCCUUGUCUUAAUAUGGCGAAGGAUAAAAGCAGCCAACGUCGGCAUAGGAAAUUGCAGUGGGAAGGUCUUCAGUGAUUUAGCCAAGGCUCAGGGUUGCAUUAGUGUUACUACAACAUGCAAAAUUCAGAAGUUUAUGAGAUAAGGAACAGCACAGUGUGGUUUUUGUUAAAGCUAUUUUUCAAUUUAAGAGCUGUUAUGUAGUGUAAACCUGUGCAGCCUGUUUUUAAGCAAAGUGAAAGACAUCAAUUUUGUGCAAUAUCUAGCAUGCACAACUUAAAACAUUGGUGAUAACACAAUUUCAGGUGCCAAAUAACUGAAAUGUAUUUAGUUGUUGAACUUCCUCUUUAAGCUAAAGCUUGAUUGAUAAUAUUAAAGGGCACAUUUUACUGAGAUCCUCACUGUUUCUGUAUAAAAAUUGGGAAUAUCAGUUGGUGGUGUAUCUGUACUGUGACACAUUUCUUGGAUUAUCAAAGGUGUACACCUCUGGCAUUGAGAUGUUAAUUUUUUUAUCUACCUAAUUCCUACAAAUGGUUAACAGCAACCAAACCAAACAGUAUGUAAAAUUUAAAGAUGUCACAUUUAACUGCAUCAUAGAUGUCAAAUAUGAUUAAAAUAUUUUUCAAAGCUAUGACUAAAUAUACAGGUCUACCCUUCAUAAGGUUGAAGGUAAAACUAUUAAAUGUAUUUCUUAUGGAGUUUCCUUUGAGGUGUGGUCUCUUCAAGUGCUGAGUGUCUGUGUUUAAAUAAUGACA